AUGUUGAAGACAUCCCCCAUUCUCUCCCCCUCCAGCGCCUCUCCCUCCAGCUUCCGAAAUGCCUCGAGAUCCUCGCAAGAUUCUGGCUCCUCUCAUCCCUCGCAAGUGCCAGCUAUAAGCCCCAAGCCGGCGUAUCUGCGCCGCCGCCUCUCGUCGCAGUCGGUGGCAGUUUCAGUCUCGGCCUCGUCGUCGGCCCUGUCUCCUGGCCACUCUCGCCAUACCGAUGCUUCGAAUAGCGAUCUUCGAUCUCCCUCUCGAGCUUCCUCGUCCUCGUCCCCGUCCCCCUCAGCGCUGCCUACGACGACGACCACUAAGAUGAUCGUGACGACGACGACCAAUAUGGGCCUCAACGACGAUUCGCAUGCUAGCAGGCCUUCGCCCGCCCAGGCUCAGCUCUACAAUGCCCUGUCACCGAACAAGCGUCGACUCACCACUGCCUCAGUCACUCCGGAAGCUUCUUCAACACCUCCCGCAGUGGCUUCGAGCUCCGCUGCUGCCCCUCAGCCGACCGCUUCUCCCCAGACUUCGAAACGAGCCAGGCCCGAAGAACGACCUCCCAUUAUCUUGCCCCAGAAAUAUGAAUUCUGUCCAGUGGAACACCUGGUCGAGCUGAUCGCACACAUGUUGGGAGAGUUGAUUGCUACCAAUGACGCCAUUCGCAUAUCAAGCGGUGGUCUGACGCGGUUUCACUCAAGAACCCCCCCUGGCAUCUCGGUCAGAGACUAUCUCCAUCGCCUUGCUCGGCAUGCCACUCUCACACCACCCCUCCUCCUAGCAAUGGUCUAUUAUAUUGACCGACUCUGCGCCAUGUACCAAGAAUUCACCAUAAACACACUCACCGUCCACCGAUUCCUCAUUACCGCUGCCACCGUUGCCGCCAAGGGCCUGUCCGACUCUUUUUGGAACAAUACCACCUACGCACGGGUCGGCGGAGUGCGUGUGGCUGAGCUGAGGCUCCUCGAGCUCGAGUUUCUCUACAGAGUCGACUGGAGAAUCGUGCCGAACCCGGAAAUCCUGGUGGCUUACUAUCAAGGCCUUGUGCAGAGAGCCCCCGGGUACGAGCUCGAAUCAGAUGGAUCGACCGAGAACGAGGACGAUGAGAUUGACGAUGACGAUAAUGAGGAAGACGUUGCGCAGCAGUAG